UAUUUAUGUUCAGUGAUACAUUUAUUCUAUUGAAUUACCAGCUGACAGGCAACAUUAUACAUUUGCAUUAAUACAAGUAAGACAAUGAAAGCAUGACAUACUAUCUCAAAACGAAUCUUUCAUUAUACUGUGCUAGGAACUAAAGAUGAAUAGCUGUAUGAUGUAUACCUGGUUGAAUGUCCUUUUGUCAAUGUCAUACUCUCUCCUUUUUCCAGUUUAAAAUGAACACCACCUUCAUCAUUCCAAGAACUGCCACUUUCACUCCACCUGCUGACAUGCAUUAUGACUUCUGCAAGUUAAAACCACUAUCCACCAAGGAAGCUCUUGAAGAACAACGCCUAUUAGAUUCCAUCGCUUGGCCUGAAACUCCAUCUUUACCAUCACCUCUUUCCCUGAGCAGUACCAGUCACCCAGCCCACAGUGCCUUCACCAUUCUCCCAAGGUGGGGAGGAGGACAGUGGCACAUAGGAGACAAACUUGAGGUUAUGAUUCAAAUGCACGAUUUCCAGGGACACUUGAAGAGGUCUGGGGGAGAUGUCUUACUUGCCCGGCUGCAUAACCCAACCCUUGGUGCUGGUGUGGCAGGGCAAGUGUUAGAUCAUCUUAAUGGCUCCUACUCUGCUAUAUUCACUUUACUUUGGGAAGGAAACGCACAGGUUCAGGUGAUACUGGUUCACCCCAGUGAGGCAGUCACAGAGCUGCGAAGGCUGAACACAGAACAUCCUGACAGGAUUUUCUUCAAGAGCCAGUUCCACUUAGGCUCAGUCACUGAAACUACCACUUGUAAUGUAUGUCUACGUCCAACCCAGCAGCCUGUGUGCAACUACACUGACCUCCAUACAAAUGAGCCAUGGUUCUGCUACAAGCCAAAAAGUCUAAGCUGUGAUACCAGGAUCAGCAACUUCAAUGGAGGAUAUAAACAAAAAAUUAGCACCAUGGAGAAGCUCUUUCAGAGGUAAGCAUUUCCUAUAUUCUAAAGGUGGUAAAUCUCUGGAGUUUUAAAAUUAAUCAAUUAGAAUCAAAGUAAAAGAAUUUUAUUACAGCUCUACUGAUGUAUUAGCAGGCAGCUGUCAAUUAUUUAGCUAUCUGAUAUUAUCAUCAGUAUUGGCAUUUCUGAUGGCUGAUAGGUGAAAUUUUAAACAGUGAAGAAGAGACGGGAGAAGCAACUGUCAACCAUGUUAUGAGUAUUUAUGUGGCACCAGAGAGACUGCAACUUCCCUAUUGACAACAUGCAUUUGCAAUGCAACAAACUACAGCCAGAGGAUGUGAGCAGAGUUGGGCAAAGCAUAAAUGAGUAACUCACGAUUUGUUGUGACA